AUGAAUAUUUGUGAUAAAGUAGAUAUUUCGAGACCUCCAUCUUUUAAAAAGACAAAAUUUAAUCAUGAUAUUAUUGAAAUUUUGUCAGACUCUUCUGAAGAGUCUAAUUUAGGAAAUGUUAAUUCAAAUUAUGACCAGUUUAGAUUAGAAACACCUAUUUAUUUAAAUGAACUUAACUUUGAAAAAAAAAAUUCGAAAAAUUUAUCCUUUAAGUCGUUUUUUGUAGUUAAUGACCAAAUAUCAAUCAAAAAAUCAUCUUGGCAAAUUAAGAACAUUUUUUUUUCAAGCUAUAUAAAUGAUGUCGAAUGGGUAAUUAAAGAAAUAGAAGAUUCUGAGUUAAUUCAUAAGAAUAUCGAAUCCAUCCUGUUUGUUUCUCAUCAUACGGGCAAUUCAAUAAGCUGUAAAUUUUCUAAUCAUCAUAAAAUAAGAACUGAAAAGAUUUCAAUUCACUCUCCAUAUCUAAAAGUCCCAUAUGGAGUGUUUCAUCCUAAAUUUAUUUUAAUUGUUUUCGAACAUCUAAUUCAGCCCAAAAUGAACUUCAUUAGGUUUGUAAUUACAUCAGCCAAUCUUAUACGGCAAGAUUGGGAGUUUAAAUCGCAAUCAAUAUGGGUGCAGGACUUCUUUCUUACAAUUAAAAAAAAAAAUUGUGAAUUCUCAGAAUACUUGCACGAAUUCCUAAAGAAUAUUCUAAAUGGUUCCAAAUUACAAGAAUUUUGGCUAAGCAAAAUUCAAGAAUUCAAUUUCGAAGAUGCAACAAUAAAAUUAGUUGCAAGUGUUCCUGGCUAUUUUUUUGGUCAUGAAAUGUUCAUGUGGGGUCAUUUAAGAGUUAAAUCUCUGUUAAAGAACGUUAUUUUCAAAAAGAUAAAUAAAUCUGAAAGAUCUCUAAAAGAGCAAGAAAAGAUCAUUCUUCAGUUUUCGAGUAUCGGAAGAAUAUCUGAGAAAUGGCUAUACAAGGAGUUAGUUUCAUCGUUAUCGGAAACACCCGAAACUAGGGUUGAAAUAAUUUUUCCAACAAUUAAACAGGUUCUUAAUUCGAUAGAGGGAAUUGAGGGAGGGGGGUCUUUACCUGUAAAGAAAGAAUAUAUUUGUAAGCCCUGGAUUACAAAGUUGCUUCAUAGAUGGGGAGAAGGGAGUAUUGAUGGAAAUAUUUCAACUGAAAAAGCAAUACCUCACAUAAAGACUUUUCUAAAAUACAAAAUGUUCAAUAAUGCUGUUCAAAUUAUAUGGCUAAUUCAAGGAAGUUAUAAUUUAAGUAAUGCUGCUUGGGGGCAAUUACAAAAAGAUAAAUCCCAAUACUGUAUCAGAAACUACGAGCUUGGAAUAUUUCUUCAUAUAGAUCAAUUUGAGUUUGAGAGAUAUGACAAAUCUGAGAAGGAAGAAGAAUUUCCAAAGUUUGUUUGGAAAAGAAAAACAGAUCAUUCAUUUGAUUCAAAAAUACAUAAUAAUCAGCCGAAUAAACUUCUGGAUAUUCCUCUUCCUUUUAAAUUACCUCCCAGAAGAUAUUCCAGUGAUGAUAUUCCUUGGAAUAUUGAACUAUUAAUGUAA